GAGAGUGAAGUGAGGAGUUUCCUGCAGUGUCUGCCUUAUAUCUCACAGCUCAGCUGUGAUCCAGAGUUCUUCCAGAGUGUGUGCACAUCCAUGUCUGUAAGAUCCAGAGAGGAGGCCCAGCAGCUGGAGUCUCUGCUGCAGCUGCUGGGCUUCCAGCUGCUGCUAACAGGAGAGUUACACAGUAAAAGCUGCUGGUCUGUGGGGAGAGUUCUCAGACUGUGUGGCUCUAAAGUGGAUCUCAUCCUCACACCCAGCAAGAUGUCUGCCAGAGGAGGUGCUCUGCUCUUCAGACACACAACACAACUACACAGUCUGAGGCUUUCCAUCGACGUGUCCUUGCUGCUGUCUCAGUGGGUAAGAAGAGGCAGAGCGGCCUGUCGACUGGCUGUUGAAGAGCUUUCUCUUGUGCCUAAGAAAGCCCGAGCAUCACACAGAGUAUUGUUGAGGGCUGUCAGUAGUUUGGCUUCCCUGCUGAGAUACUGGACAGUUGGACGGUUAGACCUGACUGAGACCUGCAUCUCUGCUCAGGGUCUCAUUGCUCUGCUGCUCCAUGAUGGUCCUCUGACAGUCAAACUGAGUGAAGAGAGCUUCCAGCAGCUUCUGUCUCUCCUGCAUGAAACCCAGGACAAGGACUUGACGUUGUCCUUCUUGAGUAAGGUUGGUGGAGACCUGACCUCCUGCUGUCUGAGCUGGGAGCUUCUUCACUAUCUGCUGCAGCAGCCGUCAGCUCAGACCAUCACUGUGGACCUGAGGAAGAACCUCUUCUUACAGGAGGAAACCACACGUCUGCUUCCCUUUCUGGACAGGAUUGUGUUUAAAAGGCCCAGUCCCAGCUUUGUGAUGAGCUCCAUCAGAGAGCUCUACAGAGCUCACAACAGUCACGCUGUACCCAGUUUGCUGAGGUCACUUGGUCAUGUGAUCAACCUGAGCUGCAGAAAGCUGGACUCAGUGGACUGUGCUGCUCUGAUCUUCAUCCUCAAACACGGAGACGGAGUCAAACUGAACCUGCUGUGGACCUCCAUACCAGCAGAGGGAGUAGAGUCCAUCCUCUUCAUGCUGGACAACGUUUCUCAUCUCAGUGUUGACAGGAAUCAGCUGCUGAGGUUCAUCCACUGCUGUGCUGCCUGUGACGUCCAGCAGGAGGCAGCGUCAGGCCUGCUGAGGACUCUGCAGCACAGCUUGGAUCUGUCCUGCUCUUCCUGUGUGGCGCCACCAGAGGAGGAUCAGACUGAGCCUCUGAGUCUGACUGCUGAUGACUGCAGGGCCGUCUCCACCAUCCUGACACACGGCAGCCGGGACACACAGCUGGACCUGCGAGACUGUGAGGUGGAGGACAGCGUGUUGGACCUGCUGUUUCCUGUCCUCCACAGGGUCCGCCUCAGAGUCAGUAAAACUGUCCUCCUCCAGCUGCUGUCUCUGGUUCCUGUGAACAGUGAGAGGGACACAGUGAGGCGGGCAGUGUCCCUGUGUACAGCCCUGGGUGGAGAGCUGGAUCUCAGUCACAGCACACUGGAUCAGAGGGUCUGUGGGGCUUUGGUCCAGAUGCUGGACUCGUGUGAAGGGCUGACGGAGCUGGACCUCAGUCACUGUCAGCUCACUGACCAGCUGCUGCUCCCUCUCAUCACACAUCUGCACAAAGUCCAAGACCUGGAUCUGAGUCACAAUCAGUUCACUGAUGCUUCGACUGAUGUGUUACUGCAGCUGCUCUCCAUCAACCCCUCCAUCCACUCUGUGCGACUCUUCAGCAACAACAGCGUGCACAGAGCAGCUUUCAAGGAACACACGCAGUUUGAGAUCUGGUGAAGCACUCGUCAUCAUCUUUAUCAUCGUCGUCAUGGUCGUCAUCAUCUUUAUCAUCGUCGUCAUGGUCGUCAUCAUCUUUAACAUCGUCGUCAUGGUCGUCAUCAUCAGGGAGAUGUAGUUUUAUGGUCUCAGUAAAAACUCUCCUUUCAUAGUUGCUUCAUACUAAUCUGUAAUAUACAAGAGCAAUAAUAGGUCAGCGUAAUAAGCGUUAAUACCUACUUUAGAGUAUUUUCUUUUUCAUGUCGUAAUUAAAAUGCUUUGUUUUAUUUAUUUGUGUAGAAACGAGCACGUCUCAUGUUUCUGCUGAUUUUUAUUUUAUGGAGAUCUGAAGCCAUCUAGUGGUCAUCCCAAUAUUUACACAUCAGGUUGUAUUAUUGUGAUUAAAAUAUUUUCAAUUAGUGAAAAAAAGUGAGGCUGUAACAGUUACACUGUACAUUGUACAGUUGUGAGUUUGUUUUUUGUGUACUCACACACAAAUGUUGAUUCCACGAAAUACAAACAGAAAAGUUUAACAGCUGAAUUGUUUAUUGAACAAAUAAUGAACAAGUUCUCACAAUCAUCUCUUUCCGAUGGAAUAUCAUGUAUCAGUAAUAACAACAACAACAAAAAAAGCCGGUCUGAAAAUUUCUUUCUGAGAACACGGCCCAUCAGGAAAGUGCAUGGCGCUAUUGUAAUCAUACUGGUGUACUUGCUAACAAAUGUUGACUCCACAAAAUGCAAUACAAUAAUAUUUGUAAACAUAACUGUCCAGCUGUCCAGUGAUUAAUAGCAGGACCUCACAGCAGAAGCAUAAUGUGUUGUACAUGUAUUUUUCAUUUAUUGUAUUUACCAACAUCAAGAAGUCACAAGCAAGCAGCACAUUAAAGACAUGCAGUGUUUUCAGAAAGAAGUUUUUUAGACCGGCUGUUAUUUUGUUACUACAGAUAUGUGAAAUGUCCUGUUAUGGUUUAAUAUACACAGGCAAAUCAUUUAAACAUUAUAUUCCAUUGUACAGAGGUGAUUGUGAGAACUUGUUCAAUAUUUGUUUAAUAAAAGAUUCAGCGGUUGCA